GCUCGCUCGAGCUCGGCUCGUUUCCACCCCUAUCCAACGGUAACCCUAAUGCCAAAAUGUCCUUCUCCUCCGAAUCACCCCCUCUUCUUCCACCUUCACCUCUCGCUCCCGCCAUUAAAGCUCCUCUCGAGAGCUCCUCCUCCUCUACGCCUCUACCUCUCCUCGAACUCUACACAAUCCCCCGAAGAAGACGAGUACGAAGAACCCGGCGCCGAGCUCCGCUACUCCGCUCUCCUCCGCCGGUGCGCUCGCGCCAUCGACCUCCGCCUCGGCGCCGCUUUCCAUGGCCACCUCCUCAAGCGCUCCGUCCUCUCCAAUUCCCUUUUCCUCCACAACCACCUCCUCAACAUGUACAUGGGCUCUGCUCGCGGCGACCCCUACCUCGCCCUCCAACUGUUCGACGAAAUGCCCCACCGAAACGUCGUCUCGUGGUCUAUAGCUAUCAGCGGCCUCGUCCGCUGCGACCGCGCACACGGUGCAAUCCACCUCUUUAUCCGUAUGCUUCGAGAAGGUGUCCGGCCCAACGAGUUCACCCUUGUGAGCGCGCUCAACGCGAGCUCCUUCCUCGCCGCUAGCAACCGCGCCGGGGCCCGAGAAUUAUACGGGCAGGUUAUUCGCCUCGGGUUCGAGUCGAACAUCUUCUUGGUUAAUGCGUUCAUCACAGCGCAGAUCCGGAGCGGCCGGUUCGGUGGUGCGAAGGAACUGUUUGAGAAAUGCGAGAACAGGGAUGUAGUUUCAUGGAACUCGAUGAUUGCGGGGUUCUUGCGGUACUCAUGCUCGGAAGUGUGGGGAUUUUGGUGUAGAAUGAUAAGAGAAGGAGUGGGUCCCGACGAGUUCUCAUUUAGUAGCGUCCUAACGGGGUUGGCGGCAAGUAUGAGCUUAAGGAGCAGCGUCCAAGUUCACGCUCAACUUGUAAAGUACGGUAUCGGAGAUGAUAUAUGUGCGGGGAACUCCUUGGUGGAUAUGUACUUGAAGAACAAGCAUUUGGACGAUGCUUUUAGAGCGUUCGAGGAAAUGUCCGAAAGAGAUGUCGUAUCUUGGACCGAGAUGGCCGCGGGCUUCCUACAUUGCGGGCUGGCCGCCAAAGCUCUCGAGGUUGUGAAUCAAAUGAAGCGGUGCGGAAUUAGGCCCAACAAAUUUACGUUAGCGACGGAGUUUAAUGCUUGUUCAAACCUCACAAAUUUAGCCGGAGGGAAGAAGGCGCACGGGUAUAGGAUUAAGCUACGAGAGCAUAUGGAUGAAUGUGUCAAUAAUGCCCUGAUUGACAUGUAUGCAAAUUGCGGGUCGAUGGAAUGUGCAGAGGCGGUAUUUCGAUCGAUGAAAGAGCGGUCGGUUAUCACAUGGACGACGAUGAUCAUGGGGUUCGCACAGAACGGACAAGCACGUGAAGCUCUCAAAGCGUUCGAUGAAAUGAUCUCCGAGAGCAUGACGCCAAACUACAUCACGUUUAUUUGCGUUCUCUACGCAUGUAGUCAAGGGGGAUUCAUCGAUGAAGGUUGGAGAUGGUUCGACUCCAUGGCACGCGAUUAUGGCGUAGAACCUGGAGAAGAUCAUUAUGCUUGUAUGGUGGACCUCUUAGGCAGAGCAGGGCAUAUCGAGAAGGCCGAGGAAUUCAUAUCGAGUAUGCCGUUCCGACCGGGUGUUCUUGUCUGGCAAACAUUGCUUGCUUCGUGUCGGCGUCACGGGGAUGUGGAGGCCGGGAAGAGAGCGGCGGAGAGAGCGCUCGCGUUAGAAAAGGAGGACCCAUCGACGUAUGUUUUAUUGUCGAACAUGUUCGCCGACACCCGCAACUGGGGUGGAGUGAGAAGAGUGAGAGAGCUUAUGGAGGAUAGAGAAGUGAAGAGAUUUCCUGGGUCUAGUUGGAUUCAGGUUGUGAUGGAUUCUAGUGACCCAUUAAGGUUGGAACAAAGAGCUUCUGCAUAGGGGCUAUAUGCUCUUCUUUUUUUUCUC